AUGUCUGCACGCAUUGCUCGAUCUUCAAUGGCCUUGAGGCCCUCUCUCUCAAUCCAGCGAGGUUUCCGCACAACGAGAUUGCUUCAACAUAACGAGAAGGAACCUAUUGGACCAAAAGCUACAGAAAAGCCCGAGGCCAAGGGCGGCAACGCUCAGAUCGUCAUGUUGGGAAGUCUUGGUCUCGCAAUCGGUGCAUUCUUCUUCCUCCUUACGGGGAACCCUGAGAAAGCAAAGGAACAACCUAUCGAUGGCACGUCAAAGCCACACGAGAGACUCCGGGGUUAG